GGGAAUUACACGUAGACAUAAAUAUUUUACGCUUUGUGAAAAAAAUUACUGCAGGAGUUGCAUUACGACUAUUGAUGUUUGCUAAUUGCUUUCGUGAAAUCAUACACAUCGAAGUAAUUCGGCAACCACUCAAAUAUUCUCAAGCAAUCGAUGACGUGGAGACAUACAAA